UCUGCAUAGAAGAAUGUCGAUGGUAGUACAGAGCCGUCAUCAUAAUAUUAAUUAUCUAGCGGUCAGUGGGCGUGGUCUUUGGUUUAUUAAGAUUAAAAUGGAGGACGUUUGGCUACAAGGUCUUAUAAAGCGCUCAGAAUCAAGCUCUCUGUCGCCUCAACGCGUACUGCUCUCUUGUUCUGUAGAGGCGACACCUUUAGGAAGUUAUUCAUUCUCUUGUAUUGCUAUAUGCAAGUACAACACGUUACAAACUCAAAGGCUUUCGGACGGACCCUUUGGUGCUCCUAAUUACGAUACUGUUCACUUCCCUAACGUUAUACAAGUCUCUUGCUCGGUGGAUAGAGGCUCCUCUAGGGGUAACAGAGAGGAACUGCCUUUCAUUCUCGAAGUCUCUCAGUCCUUUCUUAACAAUUUCUGUUUCUACCAUGGUGAGAGGGUGUGGUUUCGCUCAUCUAACCCCGCCCCCUUAGAAAAGGCCUACCUCUCCGUCACCCAAGAUGAUAGAAUCACAGACGAUCUCAUCAAACAAAGCAUUGCUCAACUCUAUUCUCUCUCGAAAAACGAAACCGUCAUUUUAAAUCAGACCUUUCAAUACGCCCACCAACCAUACCCUGAACAAGAGUUUCUAAUUAAUGAGCACCCCGACACCAGUGGUAGCAGUUCUAACGACCUCAUUCCUAAUACUCAAUCUGGUAGUGAAAUACCUCUAACUGAGUCUGAAACUGAUGUCCCUGCAGACUGUGUGACCACUACUACCCCACCAGUUGUUUUCAACGUGGUAGCAACCACGCCCACUCAACAGGGACGUGUAUCAGAAAAAACUGACUUGAUUGUGAUAGCGAAUGAGCUCUCGAGAAAAGUUGGCUUCUCUCGUACGGGCACUCUAGAGCCUAGGGGCGUCUCCCCUGGGAACGAGUCCGACGAUGUUGAUGAAGAUGAUGAUAUUUUUGAUGAAAGGGUUGCGUCGCCAUAUCAGUUUGGGUCUCUCACUCCAAUCAAACAUCGUUCAGCUUCGUUCUCGUCUGCGUCUGAUUUUCGAUAUGAUGACGGGCUUCACGAGGUGCUAGAAGAUGUAGACGUACCACCUGCAUCCCUCCCUCAGUCUCUGAAAUUAGAAGUACCUCGUUUCUUAAUCGAAGUCAGACCCGUCCUUAAUUUCAAAUUACAAUAUCAUUUCAUCCUUUUACCGAAAUCCCUUUCUCUUCAAUUCAACAUUUUUAAUCUACACAACGUACUGGUCACAUCUCUCAAGCCUGACUCCGCCCAAAAAGCUCCGCCCACAUAUGGCAACCUUGUGAUACCUCUUAAAAAUAGCCUAAGAGGAGGAGAGGGAGAUGAGGAAGGAGAAGAGGGUGUGACCGAAGACAGGAAGCAUAUCACAAUUGUCCGUUUGUACGACAAUGAAAUUGAGUUGCAGGAGUUUUGUCCUUUGAUGAAGAUCGGGCAGAAGUUUACUGAGCAAGAUUUGAAGUCGGCUUAUAUUCACCCAGAACUCUUCUUUUAUCUGUUUCCGGAGACACUCCCAAUUGCUCCGAAACGCUAUUAUGUUGAAAUUGAGGAUAUAAUGACAACGCCCUCAUCCGCCUUAAGUCAAUCAAAAUUACACCCACUUUCAGGAUCAGGUAGCAAGAGACAUGUGAAUUUGAUAAUGGUUGGACUAGUUGUGAAGCAUGAUGUGCCAAUACCAGCUGAAGGGAAACUAAAUAUACAGCAAUACCUGAGGAAGAACACUGAAAAAUUAAAAGUUAGCAAAGGUGAUGUCUUCAGUCUCAGAACUAGCAACGGUCCACUCUUACUGCGAGUCAUCAGAACUGAGCCUGAAGAAAUAGAAGAGGGUGGCCUAAUAAAAGAAGAUAAUUUAUUUUACAGUGGACCGUCGCAUUCAUAUUUGCCGUAUCUGGCCCCUCCUUCUUUGUUUGCCACGCCCACCACUUAUUGGGAGGAAAUCCACCCACCUGGCCUUGAGAAAUAUUGUCGGAGCCUUUUUGGACAUUUUUUGACUAAAUUACAUCAAUUUUCUAGUGUGGGCGGGGCUAAAGAAGGCGUGGCCAGGAGCAGUAGUGGUGGAAAUGGUCGUCUCUCUAAAUGUUCUUUGACGCUAGUCUCCGGACCCCUUGGGGUGGGAAAACGGACUGUAAUAAGAGCAGUCGCUAGGCAAUGUCGAUUACACGUGAUGGAGAUUAACUGUUACGAUAUUACCAGUGAUGUGAUUGGUCAUACAGAGACAACACUUCGACUCGUUUUUGAAGAAGCUAUUAGAAAUGCUCCUUGUGUCUUGAUAUUGAGGGAACUGCAAGUUUUGACUUUGUCCGGUCAAAAUGAAGGGACACGUGAAGAUGAGCCAAGGCUUGUUUUAGCUUUUGAGAAGUACAUUGCAACUGCUGAAGCAAACAACAGUCAUUUUCCGGUAAUAUUAGUGGGAGUGGCUCCAGACUCUCGUCUUGUCUCCCCUCGGAUACAGCAAUGUUUCCUUCAUGAGAUGAUAAUGACUCCGCCUACUUUAGAAGAGAGGCGUGACCUACUUGAAGGCCUGGGACGUUACAUACCCUUGAGCUCCGAGAUUGAUACUUUUAGUAUAGCCCAGAGAACAGCUGGUUUUGUACUGGGAGACUUUCAAACUUUACUCUUAAAGGCGAGACAAUUUGCACUAGAAGACCAAUUGAGAGAUCUCAAUCUACAGACAUUUGAUACUCCAAAGACUUGGCACAUGCUACAAGACUUAUCAAUCAGUGGCCUACUAGUGACAGAGAAACAUUUAUUCCAGUCUCUAGACAAGCUCCACUCACUCCACUCACUCUCCAUUGGAUCAGUAAAGAUACCUAAUGUUAAGUGGAAAGACGUGGGUGGUUUGGAAACUGCAAAGAAAGAGAUACUGGAGACUAUUCAGUUACCUUUGUUACACCCUGAGCUGUUUGCUAGUGGACUCAGAAGAUCUGGUAUUUUAUUGUAUGGUCCUCCUGGGACUGGGAAGACUCUCCUUGCUAAAGCUGUUGCAACAGAAUGUUCACUCAAUUUCAUUAGCAUCAAAGGCCCUGAGCUCAUUAACAUGUACGUCGGUCAAACAGAGGAGAACAUAAGAGAAGUUUUCAGUCGUGCAAGAGGUGCCGCCCCUUGCGUCAUAUUUUUCGACGAGUUGGACUCCAUUGCUCCUAACAGAGGGAAGUCGGGAGAUUCCGGAGGCGUCAUGGAUAGGGUUGUGUCACAGUUACUAGCUGAACUGGACGGGAUGGAUAAAGUCGGUGAUGUUUUUGUGAUUGGAGCCACUAACAGACCAGAUCUGAUUGAUCCAGCUUUACUGAGACCAGGAAGGUUUGACAGACUGGUUUAUCUUGAUGUAUGCGAGGAUACUGAGUCUAAACUGAUCAUACUAAAAGCAAUCACUAGAAAGUUUAACUUGAGUAAUGAUGUUAAUUUAGAAGACAUUGCUGAGUCAUGUCCGAGUAAUUUGACUGGAGCUGAUAUUUAUGCUCUUUGUGCUGAUGCUAUGAUGGGGGCACUUCGUAAACAGAUACAUCUACUAGAGGCAAGAGGUGCUGGAGACGAAGGCUGUACUGAGACUCUUGAAGUCUGUCAAGAGGAUUUCAUGUCAGCUGUGGCCGGUUUGGCUCCAUCAGUAACAGAAGAUGAGCUUCAAAUGUACAGAGAUAAAAAAUCGUUUUCAAAUGUCACUUGAAUGAACUAAAAACUGCAUCAUUAAUAAUAAUAAAUCUCAUCACUAGAUUGUCUCCCCUCUCUUCUUUUUAUCACUAGAAUCUUCUAAUUUUAAUGUAAAA